AUUUUCUUUUUCCUUUUAUUCCUCGUUAAAUCAAAAAUACAAAAACACUGAAGAUGCACAAAUAUAAAAAUAGAGAAAACAUGUUCCACGUGAGAGAACUAAAAAGAAGCUGUGAUCUGUCUGUCUUAAGCUACCGCCGUCAUAAAACCCGUGUUCUGUUCCACCGUCUCUCCGUGCCCUUUCUCUUCUUAUAUAUAAACUUAUAUUUAUCAAUCCAGACAUAAUAUCAUCACCAUCAUCAUUAGUCUAGUUCUUACAACUAACAAAGAUGGAGAAGAACUGCGACUUGGAACUUCGUCUUUUUCCAACUUCUUCUUGUAUUACCGAUUCAGAUAACUCUGUGGUAGAAUCAAGAAGCUCUGGAAAUUCAUUACCAAAAGAAGAAGAAACUCAGAGAUUAACAAUUUUCUACAAUGGAAAAAUGUGUGUGUAUUCAAAUGUUACUCAUCAUCAGGCUAAAUCGAUAAUAUCGAUGGCGGGCAGAGAAAUGGAAGAAAAGGUAUCUUCAAACGUGUCGGAUCCUAGAAAUAGGUCGACCCGAUUAAAUAAUUAUCAUCAACAGCUUCCAAAUCCAAAGGCUUCUAUGAAAAGAUCUCUCCAAAGUUUUCUUCAGAAACGGCAAAUUCGACUUCAAGCCGCUUCACCUUACCAUCAGCAUUCACGACGAUAGUGUUUUAAUUUUAUUUUUCUACUUUUUCACAUUGUUAGCAGUUUUAUGUUUACUUGUAUCGUUCUUAUCUUGUUGUUAUUGAUUAGGGAUAUGUGCUCCCAAUACACACAUAUUAAUCCCAAGAUUGAUUUUACGUUGGUAUACCUUUGUUAACCUUGACAAUUGAACAGUACAUUAAUUUCUAAUCAAUGUUUUUGUGUGUA